CUAGUUGAUUCAUUUCGACGUUGGUAGCGACCGAUGAAAGACGUGUGGCGAACAAUCUGGCGGCCAUUUAAACUGUGAUAUUUAUCUUAGAGAAAUUAAUUAAAAUUCUAUAAUAGUGCCUUUACGAUUGAACAUCAAGCCAAACGACAAGAUGCAUAAAAUUACUUCACAUUUCAUGUCCAUAGUUCGACCAGCAUUGACAGUAGAGAACGCUUCGCCCACGAGGAAACCGACAUUGACAGCACUAGUCACAUCGGCUCAAGUUAUGGAAACGGCCAGCAAAAAAUAUGCCGUGUACCACGUCGAAAUGAAGGACGGCUCACGUUCAUGGGACGUCUAUCGUCGGUAUACCGAAUUUUGUCGGCUUCACGCGGCCCUUAAGAAACAGAUAGCCGGUCUGAAUCUGAAAUUACCGGGCAAACGACUGUUCGGAAGUAAUUUUGAUCCGGCUUUUUUAAAAUCACGUUGUGAUGGACUGACUGAGUAUAUCCGGCUCAUUAUCAACGACGGCCGACUCCUCCCUAUACGGGAAGUGAGAGAGUUCCUGUCGUUGGACGAACGCACUAACGCCAAGAAGUCGGCCAACUCUGACGACAGCGGCGUCGAGACGAGUAGUGGCAAUGAGUCAGGAGCUGACGGUCGACAGGCAGCCCGUAGUAGCGAAGAUGACGAAUCCGACGAAUCACGACCCGGUUCUGCCAUGAUGAACAUCCAUCUAUCCCAACGAUCCAUGCCCAUCGCCAAAGGAAACAUAAAUCUAGGACCUUCCGAACGGCCGUUAAAACCAGACGAUUUUGAAUUCCUGCGCGUGCUCGGUCGCGGCAGUUUCGGCAAAGUCUUACUGGCCCGUCGUUAUGCCGACCAGCAUCUCUACGCCGUCAAGGUCCUGGAGAAGCGGGCCGUUGUCCGUCGCAACGAGACGCAGCACAUCAUGGCCGAACGGAACGUGUUGCGCAACAAUCAGCUCCACCCCUUCCUCGUUUCUCUGCACGCCUCUUUCCAGACGAGAGAGAAACUCUAUUUUGUCCUGGACUUUGUCAACGGCGGCGAGUUAUUUUUCCAUUUGCAACGAGAACGGCAUUUCAGCGAGGCCCGGGCCCGUUUCUACAGCGCCGAAAUGGCCUCGGCUCUCGGCUAUUUGCAUUCGGCCGGCGUCGUCUACCGCGACUUGAAGCCGGAGAACAUAUUGCUGGACAGCGAAGGCCAUUUAGUCCUGACGGAUUUCGGCCUCUGUAAAGAGGGAUUAGUGGACAGCGACCAGACGACGGCCACGUUUUGCGGCACGCCAGAGUACCUGGCGCCCGAAGUCAUCCGCAAAGAGGCCUACGGCCGCUCCGUCGACUGGUGGUGUCUGGGCGCCGUCCUCUACGAGAUGCUCUACGGCCUGCCUCCAUUCUACAGCCGGGACACGGCCGUCAUGUACGACGCGAUCCUCAACAAGCCGCUCCAUUUCCGCGACCACAUUCCCGUCUCUCAGGCCGGCAAGGACCUCCUCAGCGCCUUGCUUCAAAAGGAUGGCAGAACUCGAUUGGGCUCGGGUCCAGCUGAUUUCGAGGAUGUCCGUAAUCACGAUUUCUUCAGCUGUCUGAAUUGGGACGACCUUAUGCAGCGAAAAAUGACACCACCGUUCCGGCCUGAACUGAAUGACGCUUACGACUUACGUAACAUUGAUCCGGAAUUCACCCGAGAGCCGGUGCCGGCUUCGCUGCUUCAAGCCCGUUCCGUCCGAGCCGCUUCGUCGUUGGGUUGCCGAGACGGCGACAACGUUUUCGCCGGUUUCUCUUACGUGCCAACGACGCUCUCCUGAAAAAAGAUCAUUCCGUUCCCCCUUCGAUCCUUCUUCCCCCAAUCCAACGCGUUUUACGGAUAAGAAAUCAUUCCACAUUGUUUUUGUGCUAGUCCCUCGUUUAUUUGAAUUUAUUACCCCUGCCUCCCUAUUUACCUACCUAGUCUACAAGCCAUCACGCACACGUACGAAACACGUUUAUUCACCCAAAUACUCUA